AUGAGCCAAGAGAGCAAGACUAUCAACUUCUAUGAACCUCUAUGGAAGAAGAUCAUAGAAUUACCAUUGCCUGUGUCUCUGCUCCUUCUUCAGUUGGUGCUGCCCGAAUACUCCAUCCACAGUCUUUUCUGCAUCAUGUUCCUGUGUGCACAGGAGUGGCUCACCCUGGGGCUGAAUGUCCCCCUGCUCUUCUACCACUUCUGGAGGUAUUUCCACUGUCCGGCAGAUAGUUCAGAGCUAGCCUACGACCCACCGGUGGUCAUGAAUGCAGACACCUUGAGUUACUGUCAGAAGGAGGCCUGGUGCAAGCUGGCCUUCUAUCUCCUCUCCUUCUUCUACUACCUUUACUGCAUGAUCUACACCUUAGUGAGCUCGUAACUCAAGGGCCACAGUGUCAUCAGAGACUGGGAUGGGAGAAGCCACGGCUGAGACAAGCACCGCUACUGGUGGCCGGAGGAGGGGCCCCAAGAGUGGGGAUGAGGGAGAAGGAGACCCAGCAGGCAGUUGGACUGGAUCACGGAUGAGAUGGCUCGCGGCCAGGAGGCUGAGUUAACUGUGCAUCUGUGUUGCCCUGUGUUCCUAAGCCUGCACUUGGGUUGUCUAUCCCUUCUGAGCACGAGGAUGAGGCAGUGGCGAUGAACCACUGAACCUCUCCUGAGUGGGACUGGCUGCUUCCUGAAUCCAUGGCCUGGGACAGCUUCCUGCAAGUUCACCUUGAGCUCCUGGGUGGUGAGAUGGAGGCUCAAGGGCUGGAAGAUGCUUGUUCCAGAUUGGAAUGACUCAGCGUCAGGGGCCUUUGACCAACACCUCAGCGAUGUUGCAGGCGACCCCAGACUUUCCAGCCAAAGUCAAGUCCAUCACCCCGAGUGGGAGAGGGGGCUGGCUGAAAGUGACUCCAGCUGCACCCAGCCCCUAGUCUGCAGGGCUGUUUCUGAUUGCGCUCGGCGUGGGGAGAGCCAGGCUCAGUGACAUCAUGAACUGGGUUGGGGGCUGUAGAUGGAUAAUAAGCUAUAUGUCUGUAGUCACAGAGGUGAGACGUGGUGGGGGCUGGAGGCAGAGGGAACAUGAUUUCUUUCCAGGGUUAGCCGGGUGCUCACGAUCUUAUUCCUCAUCACACGCCUGCGUGUUUUCUGUUGCCACCCCGAGCUGUCACUGAGUCAUUUUAGGCAGAUCAAGCGGUCAGGAUCCGUCAGAACUACCUGCAUGUUGAGAUCCCCACGCAGUUCCCAGGUCAGAAGUCCCUGCACUGGGCCGCCGCCCUGAGCUGUGGGCAUCUGAGAGCCAGGCGGUGAGAGGAGACCACGGUGAUGCCUGUGCUCACUGACGCUGCCUCAGCCAUACAGUUCGCAUCAGCAGGGGUUCCUUCGCUUAGUUCCGAUUUUUCCAUUUGAUGUUCUUUUUGGGUGGGAGUUAUGCUAGGGGCUUGUAAAUAAUGACGAGGCUGAGAUUUUUAUUAUGCUUAAAUUGGGUGCAGUGAUUUUGACCUCAUUCUCCAAACUUCCCUUCUCUGCUGUGGUUUGACACACGCAGGCUAUUUAUACUUGUCCCAGGCUCCCGUCAGAAACCUGUGAGUCAGGUUUAUGAAUGGUGUUUGUGUAACACGUCAUGUGCUAUGUUUAAAAUGCAGUGACAACGUGAGUGUCUCACCUAACUGCUGUCUCGUUUAAGCCCCGUCUUCAGGCUGGAUUUGUCUCCAGAUGGUUGGGUAAACUGGUAGGUAGAAAAAGCAGAUUUCUUUUCAAAAAAGCAUUUUGCUUCUAAAAAUUGGACAGAAAACAAAUAUGCAUGCUAUUCUGAGGCUCAAGGUAUGAAACCAGAGAACUAGAAGAAGUAUUUUAGGGAGAAGACUUCCCCUCUGGCCAAUACCCGUUCCCCUGGUUGGGCCCUGUUAGUUGGGGUGGAGAGUUACCCUCAGAGUGACCUGGUUGGUCUCUGGCCCCACCCCUGAUAGAGACAGCUUCUUCAUCCUGAGGAAAGUUGUUAGGUCCUGUCCACAGACAGCACGUCCAGCCCCUUGGCCAUCUUGCAGAUGCAACGGAGUGGAGCUGGUAGGUGGUCCCUGUUGCGUCACACCAUAGGACUGUUUUUGGAUUAAAAAAAAAAUCAUUUGAUUGAGGGCUCCUCCUGAAAAGAUGGAGUGGUUCAUCAGAGCAGCUGCCAGUGAUACAAAGGCUUUGAAAUGAAACUAGGAAAUCCAAAUGUGCAAAGGAGAAGUAACGAUUGCCAUGCUGGGAAACCAGAUUUCGUGUAUGUGUCUAGAAGGCCCUCCUAGCAACGUAGACCAGCCGCCCUGGAGAUGUACUAGGUGCGGGUUGGGCACAGAAGAAAGCAGGCACAGGCAGAAGACCAGCACUUGGGAAGAGUAAGGAGGCAGACCAGUCUCCAAGCCCCGCCGGGGCUUCACAGUGGCCACGCAGAGCCUCAGAGACAAAGAUCCUUUUCCUUCUGAGCCAGCCGAGAGAAAACCUCCCCCUGUCACGGGUGCCCUGAAUUCCGACUUCUAGCGUCCUGAACUGCGAGAAAUAAAAUUCUGUUCCCUGGA